AUGACGAUGUAUGUGAUUCUGCUAGCGCUCCUCGUUCCACUCGUCAUUAGUAUCGGAGAGUACGGACCUAUUUCCUCACAGCUGCCUACCGUAGCGCUUUUCGGUGAGCCUCGCCUGAUUGCAAGGCGGAUAUGGCGAGGACAACAGAUUGAAAACGUUCACCAGAAUGUGCUGCAAAGAGAGCCCUAUCACGCAUAUCCUGUAAAUGCUAUGCAAGUUGAAGGUCCCGUACAAGGUCAUCCGGUCACUGUUUACACACGGAUCCUUCGACCAGCUAAACUUAUCUUCACUGGUGGUGAUGUCGUGACCCAUCAGUGGAAGGGUGGUGACGACAACUACGAACGGCAGGAAUUUCACCGACAACCUCACGCUUCAGCAAUCCAAGAAUUUGGGCGGAAACUGUGA